UAACUCCUAGAUCCCCAUAGAUUAUACACAAGAGAAAGAGAGUCAAAGAGUAAAAUACCACAAAAGCACUAUGGCUAGAUUUGUUUGUGCAAUUUUUCUCUUAUUUGUCAUGACUUUUGUGAUCCAAGAUGUCUAUGGCGGUGGGGAAGGAUCACUGCGUCCUCAAGAUUGUCCGGGUGCAUGUGCCUAUCGUUGUUCAGCAACUCAAUACAAGAAGGCAUGUUUGACCUAUUGCAACCUUUGUUGUGCAAAAUGUUUGUGUGUUCCAUCUGGAACAUAUGGUCACAAGGAAGAAUGUCCAUGCUAUAAUAACUGGAGAACUAAAGAAGGAGGGCCCAAGUGCCCUUAAUUUAUGUUCCAUUGUGCUCAAAGUUGUAGUCAUGCAUAAAUCUAUAUCUAUCGAUGUAUUUCUACUAUAUCAAACUUAAUUAAGAAUAAAAUUUAUUAAUUUCUAUUGUUGUGUUCAAGUUAAUAUAUUGUAUGAAGUUUAUAAAUGAAAUUCUUCUAAAAAAGAGUAAAAAA